UGUCUUGUUGCAGGCUGCCCUUCCCACCCGGGGACCGAGUGACCUUCAACGGGAAGGAAUGCGUGUGUCAGAAGUGCUCCCUGCCUACACCAGUGGGCAGCGGUGCCCACAUACACCAGGGCCUGCGGAGCUGUGGGGGCUGCGGCCUGGAAAUCAAGAAUGGGCAGGCGCUGGUGGCACUGGACAAGCACUGGCAUGUGGGCUGCUUCAAGUGCAAGACCUGCGGGAAGCAGCUGAAUGCCGAGUACAUCAGCAAGGAGGGGCUGCCCUACUGCGAGACGGACUACCACACGGAGUUCGGGAUCCGCUGCAGCAGCUGCGAGGGGUUCAUCACAGGGCGCGUACUGGAGGCGGGGGACAAGCACUACCACCCUUCCUGCGCGCUGUGUGUCAGGUGUGGCCGGAUGUUCGCGGAAGGCGAGGAGAUGUAUCUUCAAGGUUCUUACAUCUGGCAUCCGGCGUGUCGGCAGGCGGCCAGGACUGAGGACAAAAACAAGAUGCAGAGCCCCAUGAACAGCCAGGCCUGCGUGGGCACCAUGCCCUGUGCCUUACAGGAGACCAGGACGUCCUCUGAGAGCAUCAUUUCUGUCCCUGCCUCUAGCACAUCUGGGUCUCCAAGCCGCGUGAUCUACGCAAAACUCGGGGAUGAGAUCCUGGACUACAGGGACCUGGCCGCUCUCCCCAAGAACAAGGCGAUCUACAACAUUGACCGCCCCGACAUGAUCUCCUACUCCCCCUACAUCAGCCACUCCACGGGGGACAGGCGGAGCUACGGCGAGUCACCUCAGUUGCUCUCGCCAACACCGACUGAGGGGGAUCCGGACGACCGGUCCUACAAGCAGUGCCGGACCUCCAGCCCCAGCUCCGCUGGCUCCGUCAGCCUCGGGCGCUACACCCCAACCUCGCGGUCACCCCAGCACUACAGUCGCCCAGCUGGUACUGCAAGCGUCGGUACCAGUAGCUGCCUCUCCCUGUCCCAACACCCAAGCCCUACCUCCGUGUUCCGACAUCAUUACGUCCCCUACUUCCGAGGCAGCGAAAGUGGCCGGAGCACGCCCAGCCUCUCGGUGCUCUCGGACAGCCGGCCGCCCUCCUGCACCUACCAGCAGGCCCCACGCCACUUCCACAUCCCAGACACCGGCGUAAAAGAUAACAUCUAUAGGAAACCCCCUAUCUACAAACAGCACGGUCCUGUAGCCCAAUCCCCAGUGUCCAAGCUCUCUGGCCUGGUGUCAGUGUUGUCCUUGGUGGUGCAGGAGGCAGGGCGCUGCAAAAGACUGGCAGGGCCCAGCCCGCCCCUGGCUGCAGCCGCGAGACGAUUGGACGGGGAGGAUGGAAGUUUCGACCAGGACAGCAGCAAGACCAGCUGGCUGCUGCUCAAGGGCGAGGCCGACACGAGGACGAACUCGCCGGACGUGGACAGCCGGUCUCUGUCUCACAGUAGCGGGCUGGAGCGAGAGCCGCCCCCCAGAGCACCCGGAGACGGCUUCUACUCACGCUUCCCCUAUUCCAAAUCUGACUCUCCCCCAGGACCCGGGAAGAACGGCUGGGACCACAGGAAUGCCAGUAUGGCCCCUCGCGGAGCAGAGCCAGAUGCCAGCUGGGGCACUCGAGAGUACAAGAUCUACCCUUACGACUCCCUCAUCGUGACGAACCGCAUCCGCGUGAAGCUGCCCAGAGACGUGGACAGGACGAGGCUGGAGAGACACUUGUCGCCUGAGGAGUUCCAGGAAGUGUUCGGGAUGAGCAUUGAAGAGUUUGACCGCCUGGCCCUGUGGAAGAGGAACGACCUGAAGAAGAAGGCCCUGCUGUUCUGACGGCCACAGCGCCUCACCCCGGCCCAGGGACGGGAGGAACACGCCAAGCCCCAUCACACCUCGCUCCGGCUGCUCUGUGUCAUGGGGGGACGGGGCGCCUGGGGAGGCUGGGCAGGGGUGGAGGAGGCCCCGGCAGCACCCUCUUUGUGCCAGGGAUACUCCUGCCUGUAGUUUAUGGCUGUCACAAGCUUGGCCCACCUUUCCCCCUGCUGUGGCCGGUGUCAGGAGACACCAUGGCCUGGCCGUCCUGGACGGUGACGCGGCCGCCUCGGGUCCUUGGCAUGUCCAGCCCUGCGCUGGCCACGGGGGGCACAGGUGGCUGGGGUGCUGUGUCAGUGGCUGCUCGGGGCAGAGCGGGCAUGUCCAGGCUGGCAGACAGCCCAGGUGGGAGUGUGGCGCUGGGCGCCCAUGGUGGUGCUCAGUGCAGGGCGUGGGGGUGUGGGGUUUUCGUAGCCGUCAGCGACGGGCCUUUGGGGGAUGAGGUGAGGCUAACAGAGAGCCUGUGCCAGAGUGCUACCAGGCCCUCACCCUUCUCCCAAAUCACCCCUAGAUGCCUCAGUGAUACCUUUCGAGCUACACAGAAGUUUUUAUUUUAUUAAAAAGUAUAGCUUCCUUC